ACUCAAAAUUACGGCCGUCUACAGGCUGCCCUACAGGCUGCCUGUUAGCAUAUACUUACCAAUGCGAAAAUGCAAAAAACCAAAAGAUAUCUUAGUAGAAACUUUCUAUCCACAGUGUUAUGUUACGAAUAAUUCAUGUAACACUCCUUUACAGGUGAAAUCUUUUCCUACUGUUACUAAAUUUUCAGAAAUCAGACAUUCAAUACAUCCAAUCAGAAUUUCGCAAAAAAUAAAUCAUUUGCGUAUUUUUGUCGGUUUUUUUAAACGAAAUCAACAAUUUAAGCCAAAUUUUUACAUCCCAUAUACAAAGAUACGCAGAAAUUUCAUGAAAAAUACGUGUUCACCCAAACUGCUGAAAACCGUGCAUUAUCCAUCAUUUUUAUAGCCUUUCCUGUUAAAAUAUGGCUUUGAAAAUGUUUUUCCGUUGAAAAAACACCUCAAAGCAACGUAGAACUGCCAAAACACAACUGCGCGAUAACACCUAACAACAACCCGUGUGUGCCUUUAUCCAUUGCCUAACCAAGCAUCAAAAUGAUGUUUGAAAUUACCUCAACUCGAAUGACAAGCUGGCCAAUCACAAGCGAGCAAAUCGCUUGUUUAUCUCAUUCGCGGUCGCUCAAAAUUACGUCCGUCGACAGGCUGUCCACUCUCAACAUAUUGUUUGCAAUGAUUGGGCGUCUCACUCCACCAAAAACCCUGGGCGUGAUGGACAAUAUUAGUCCUACAGAUCCUAACAAGUUAUAUUGGGUAUUGAAUUGACCUUACUUAAUUGCGGGUCGACUGAAUUAUUUCAAAUCCUUGAGGUCAGAGUGAGAUUACUCUUUGUUCUUGCUCUGGUGCUAUGCCUAGAAGGCAGAGCAGUUUACGCUUAAGAAUUAAAAGAGGUUCGUUACUGGAAGCCAAGGAUGCGUAUGAAAAUUGGUAUCCUGUGAAAGUGCUUGCAGUAAAAAAUGAACAGGUUUAUGUGCAUUUCUGUAAUUGGAGUUCCCGGUAUGAUACAUGGUAUCCAAUCAGCUCUGAAUGUUUACGUACGCUAAGAAGAAAUACUCACCAAUUUGUUACUACGAGCCAAGGUCAACCUGCUUUUCACAACAUUCCAGUAGUGGAUAAGGGGAAAGACACUUCAGAAAUUUAUGAUACUCAAAUUGAAGUUGGUAGUUUUGUAAUGGCUUCAUGGCACAACGAUUAUGAAUACCUUGCUGAAAUUCUGGCACAUCGUCAACGACACGGCACAGAAGCUGAAUAUCGUCUGCGGUAUGUCUGGGAUCGUGUUGUAGAAUGGACACCGGUUAGCCGACUGCGCAAAGCAACACAACAGGAAAUUGACUAUGUCCUGGAUUUCUGCAAAGCGCACCAUUCACCUACAAUUAAGCUUGAUAAUAAUAAACCGCAUUCCCAACAGUCAGGCAACGAUAACGACGCUGACGAUGGCGAUGACCCCGACUAUCGUACUUCUGAUAUGGUGGAGGUGGUCUCCACCAGAAAGCGAUCACGUUCAACACGGGCGACUCCCAGCACCACCGCAUACGCUGCAGAUGAUAAGAAAAAUUGCAACUCAAUACCAUAUGAUGGGAUUGUUGAACAGGAUGGUAUGGUUUAUGAGAAGAGCGUUUUUGAAUUUCAUGAAGCUUGUCGAAGACGUCGUGAACUGAAGAGAAAAGCUAUUGGAGGAGAAAUGGGGACUUCGCUGAAUGCCUGUGAUGGUGGUGGAUUUGCAUCUUCUGCAUCUCAGGCAUCCGUAGGACAGUCGGAUCUGCAGGCUACCAAUGUUGACACUGUGCCACUCGCAUUUCCUACAAAUGUUGUUUCUCAGAAAGUCAGAAAUUCUUCAGUUUUUAAUAUUCAACCGUCGACGUCUGCGAUUACAUCUGAUGGGAAAAGUGACGAAAUAAAACCAAUCAAAUCAGUACCACAAAAGCCUUCUCCAUUUUGGGUAGGUUCUUCAGAAUCAUCUUUCAAUUAUAAUUACAAUUACACACAACGAAGUCGUCAACGAACUGUUUUGCGCAAAAAAGGCACAAAACUGGUCGACAUUAAUUCUUCUUCUAUAGCAGAAGAAAUACCUAGGGAGAUUAUUUCAAUGAAGUCAGCAGCCGUUGUUGUUUAUCCCUGUCCUUACUGUCCACGUCAACUGCGUAAUUCAAAUCUACUCAGCGCCCACAUUGCCAACUAUCAUCACAAAAGUGCAUCUAGGCCUACGAAAUCAUCUAUAUCAGCAGUUUUACAAAAACCAUUUACAUCGUGGGUAUCUAAGCCGGAUUCAGCAAAUAAUUCCAGAUCGCUUUCAAAACGAAAACCAAAAGAUGUUUCAAACGCUGAUGCGUCGUCGUCGUCGUCAUCAAGUGCACAUAAAUUCACUCGCCUGCUUACUUGUUACCGAUGCAAUACACGUACAAUCUAUGUCAGUGAAGAAGAAGAAGAAGAAUCUGGUCUUGUGCAGUGUUCUCAUUGUCUGCGUUGGCUGCACUGUCCCUGUUAUGGAUUCCCGUUGAAUAUGGUGGAUCCAUUGGUCGCUAAAACACUUAAAUUCCCUUUCUCUUUUAUCUGUGAUGCUUGUCGCAUGGCUUUACGCCCAGUCAGAAGAUCUCGUAAAAAUGAAUGGCUAAGUAGUGGUAGUAGUAAUAGUGGUCUGCUACAAUCACCCAGUGGUUGUUCAGAAUAUACUCAACGGGAUUUAUUAACACAGGUGAUUUCUGUUUUGAAUAAAACCUGUCAGUUGCGUCCGUUAAUUCAAUCUGGUCAGUAUAUACUGACUAAAUCAUCACUGCCUCAUUGUACAUAUCAAACUAAACAAGAAGCAGAAGAAGGAACAACUAAGUGCAAAACUGCUGCAUGUCAAGAUUCAUUGGAGUUAACGGAAUUUGAAAGUUUGAAAUUGUGUAAAACUACUACUACUACUACUACUACCACCACACAACAACAUACAAACUUCGAUUCGCAUACACCUGAAGAUCAAGUGAAUCGUCUCUACAUGGAGUUACGAGGCAUAGCAUUUGGAGAGAUAUGUGAAUCAUCCAAUGGGGAAAGCGGUCUCGCCAACAUCAUUGAUAUUUCCCAAGUUCCAAUUGAUAAUAAUAAUAAUAGUAAUCAUACAUUCCCUAUUCCUCCGGAAUCGGAAUGUUGUCCUAACACCAGUUGGGUAUUAGAGGACGAAACUGUUGUUAACCCUGCUGUUCAUCCUUACCAUCAGGCGACUGAUGAUCCUGUUUACAGUAUGGGAUCACAUGAUCUGUCCGGACUACUCCAAGAACUCGGCGCUGAUAUCAUUCCGGAAAUUUCAAAUCUUAGCGUCGUCGUUGGUGGAGUAGUGACCAAUGAUCAAAGUACUCUCAACUGUCGUCCUACUACUACGCCUACUGCAUAUGAUGACCAUUUGGAGCAGAGUAAACAGUUCCCUUCUUUAUGCGAUUCGCUCAGUCUGUCUUCACUCACCCCUGACAAACAUAUCAUCAGCCAGUCGGCAUCAUCUACAGCAUCCAAGGAACAAAUUUUAAAUCAUCAUCAUAGUGAAGAAAUUUUAGCUAUAGAAUCGAAGUGCACUUCUACUCCGUCGACUACACCUACAAAAAUCCUAAUGAGUCAAUUGAAUUCAGCUGUCGAAGCUGAUAUUAUGAAUUUACCGAUUCCAAGUUGUGCAAGAUCAAUCAUCUCCGAUUUACUAAAAAGUCCUUUGAGUGAUGACUUCAUAGCGCCGCCAGUUUGUGGUGUUCGACAGUCGUCGCCUGAACCAAAAGCAGCUACUGGUAGUGGUAGUGGUAAUUUGAGUGUUUCAUGCGCGUCGAACGAAUUGUCACAUGUUUCAUCAACCUCUGUGAUACAUCCUCUCGAAAUUGACUGGUUGGUCGAAACAGCUACUAGUACUACUACUACUACCACUACCAAGGAGGAGCAUCCUUUAAAUCCUUCGAACAGUCCAACUAAUCAGCAUCCUGUAUUAAAUGAUUUUCCAGAUAUUUCUAACCACCGUAUGCCCGAUGAUGCUGAUGAUGGUGAUGCUAAUGGCAGUGAUACGUUGUCGCCGUUGUCUUCGCCUCUUUUGUCAGAAGAACAACAAGAGAAACUGUCUCAAGCACAGAAUAAUUUAAUGCAUUUAGAUGAAAAGAUUCUGUCACCGUUUGAAAGCGCUUUAGACUCAAUGGAGGCGUAUUUGGAUGCUGUCACGGAGCGUGUAAACGCUUUUGAACGAUUACGACUUAAUAAUAAUAAUAAUAAUAAUAAUAAUAAUAAUAAUAAUAAUAAUAAUAAUAGUCGAUACAAUCAGAAUACUAUGAUGAAUAAGUAUCCUCAUUCAAUGCGGGACAACAAGACUUAUAAGGUCGGAAGAAGAAAAAAAUUACCCGAUAAAAGUGUAAACGUUCAUACACGUGGAGAUUUCAAGCGUCCACCACCGCCUCAAUAUAAUUAUUAUGUGAUGUCGAGUGGGGUUCGUGUUGUUAGAAAAUACUCACCAUCACCAUCGAUUAUUCCUUAUCGUGGAGAAUAUAAAACUCUCAGAGAUAAUGUAGGUUACUCAGAGAAUUAUGUUAAUAGUACUAAGAAUGCGGCAGCGAUAACACCUCAACGCAUCCACACGGCAGCAGGAGGAUCACAACAACAACAGCAGUUGUGUAUCAAUCCUACUUUCAAGUGUAGUACGCCAUUCAGCAGAACUUCUUCUCCUUUGUCAUCCUCUUCCCCUUCUUCUGCACACAAACCUGUCAUUCGUGUUUUGAAUAGUGUUCAAUUAUCUACUGUUAAUAGCCGCUAUCAUUCAUUUUGUUAACUCAAUUUCAAAAGUGUAAUUUAUUAUUAUUAUCCUGAGUUUGUGUGUGGCACCACCACCCAUUGAGUGAGUGAGUGAGUUUUACUGCCUGAUGAUGAUGCUUUCCACUUUUUUUUGAUUAUUGUUUGUUACUACUGUUUGUUGUCAAGGUACUUAACCCCAGAGUGUUCCUACUGAUUUGCGAAGACACCUUCGAAUCGAUAAUACCACUGUGAACGAUUAUUGUCGACUUUAACUCCAAAAGAAAACACAAGGACUUUUGUAUUAAGUUGUGUAUUUGUUCGGCAAUUAAAAUCGAAAUACUCUGUACAAGUUCUAUAAAUAAACAAAUGUUUUACAAAGAGAAUGUAUUGCUG